AUUCACAAGUGUACUCUCACAGCCAAAUUAAGCAGACGAGCUGCUGAGAGAGUACUUGAGAGAGAGAGAGAGAGAGAGCGCCUCCCAUCAGUCCCUUUUCUCUCGCAUUUCCCUCCACCAUUAGUCAUAGGAGCAGAGUAGUACAAUUUUUCGAGAGAAUCAAGAAAUCAGCUAGAGAGAGAGUGUAGAGAGAUAAACAGGCAAGACGGGGGUGCCGUUGUGGAUGCUGCUGGGGUUGGGGGCGAACCAGUUGCUUGCCGACAUGAAUCGUUUGCUCUCCUUGCUCUUUCACCAGGGUGUGUUGGAUGAGCAGUUCCUGGAGCUGCAGCAACUUCAGGACGAGACCUCUCCAAACUUCGUAUAUGAUGUUGUCAACAUUUACUUCCAGGAGUCGGAGAAGCUCAUAAGAAACCUCAGAGGACUCCUGGUGGAUAAAGAGUUCUCGGACUACAAGAAAAUGGGUAAACAUUUGAAUCAGUUGAUGGGGAGCAGCUCGAGCAUUGGUGCUAAAAGGGUCAACAACAUAUGCCUUGCCUUUCGCGCUGCGUCCGAGCAGAAUAACAGACCUGCAUGCUUGCGAGCUUUGGAACUGCUAGAGAACGAGUAUUGCUAUCUCAACAACAAACUCCACGAGUUUUUCCAAAUAGAGCAGCAACGAGUACUUGCAGCUGGAGUUAGGUACCCAAUGCCGCCGCAGCAGCAGCAGCACCACUAGACCAAUGGAAGAAUAAGAAAGAGGACUUGACACUGAAUGUCCCAUGUUUGCAAUGUAGAGUUUGUGUCCUUGUUUGAGAUGUAUUCCCUAUGUUUGUCUGUUUUUCUGGAGGGGUUUGUUGUCAGUGAUUACAACAGUAAUAUCGAGCGCUUCUUUACGAAAACUCAAACUCCAAGCGUCUCUAGCUCUUAGAAGAGAGAAUAACAAACCAACCACACUAGAUGUGGUUGUGUAUUCCCCAUGUUAGAAGGGACCUUAGCUAAUGAGAAUGAGAUCAUGGUACUUUGAAUCGCUGCGUGUAUCAAGAUUCUGACAUCAAAUCUAGAGAUUUUUUUUAGCUUUCAA